UGACAAGCAUCACCUGAUAAAGAUUACCUGACCAAUGGAUCAUCAAUUUAAAACUGUAAUUUGUUUUCUUUUCGAAAUUAAAUAUAUGUUUUUAUUAAAGGGGGACAGUCAUCAUCAACCGUUGGGUUCCAACUUCUUGCAUGCAAUGGCAUGGCCUAGAUGCAGAAUGGAAUUGUAAUAUGGCUCAUCAUAGAUAGCAGGGACAUAAGAUAAUUUAGGACAAGAAGUUCAAGCCGCACUGUAAAGUCAUAAUUCAAAGAUGAAUGGGAAAGCAAUUAUGGAUUGACUUGAAAAAAUGGGCUUUAGAAGUUUGUAUAAGGUACAAUAGUCUAAAUUGGUUUGCAGACCUUUGAUGGGCAUCGGAAUGUUGUCGAAGUACAUUGGUCUAUCCUCUGACAAAAGGGAAAAUGGGUCCCGUUAAGUAUUGUUUUUCUAGUUGAACUUCCAUUGAGGUUCAUGCUAUUGACCUAAAAAUUCAGAAGUCUUUCAUCAUUUCAAGUAGUUGGGGUAGUAUUUCAAUCACACCCUAUUGGGAUCUGAAGUCAAGGAUCUUAAAAUUCUAGAAGUCUAAUGUCAUUUGGAAUGGUAGGAACUGCACUGUAGUGUACACAUCCUGUGUAUCAAGAAAAAAGAUAUAUAGGGAGGAGAACGGAGUGGGAUCACUCAAAUGAGGUUGGUUGACUUGACUGACUCUUCAUACUUCAACUUGUGUUCAGAAGGGUUCUUCAAGUUUAAAUCCUAUUGCUUCCCGUUGAGUGUCCAUUGUCCAGUAAUCAUUUGCAAGAUUUCUUAAAAAAUAAGGCUAUUAAUUACAAGCCUAGUACAUUCCCACUCCUUGUCCUUCAGAAAGCAAAGCAACUUGGCAACUAAAGUACUGAUCAAAUGGGUAGGGUCGAAGCCACCCAGGAUGGAGAAAUACCACAACUUGGUGAACCUAUUGGUUCAUUUACUCCUAAGUUUCAAGAACAGAAGAAUCAGGCCAUUGGAAGCCCCUGGAGCACCGGAUUAUUCGACUGUCAUGAACACCAGACAAAUGCCAUUAUGACAGCCUUUUUACCUUGUGUGACAUUUGGGCAGAUAGCAGAAGUCCUUGAUGCUGGCGAAAUGACUUGUCAUUUGGGGAGUUUCAUUUACCUCUUGAUGAUGCCUGCCUUGUGCUCUCAAUGGAUAAUCGGCUCAAAAUAUAGAACAAAGCUGAGGAAGAAGUAUGAUUUGGUAGAAGCUCCGUAUACAGAUGUGAUCUCUCACAUCUUUUGUCCAUGCUGUUCCCUUUGUCAGGAGUUCAGAGAGCUUAAAAACAGAGGACUUGAUCCUGCUCUAGGAUGGAAUGGAAUUCUUGCUGAACAAGAAGGAAGAAGGCAUCAUGAUCAAACCGUAGCUGUUCCUCCUCCAAAGCAAGCCAUGUAUACCUAAGAGUUACAACCUCACAUGGAAAGUUGUCAAAUCUCUAUAUUUGUUUUUAUUUUGCAUCUUGCAUUUCCACAUAUUGAAGAUUAAAAGGUUAUGUUGGGCUCGAGUUUAAUUACAACCACCCCUUUUUAAGCUUGUGACCAUCCUGUUGAAUCAAAGAAGUGAUUGAAAUUUUUAGUGUGCC